UUUCUACUAUCGUGAAGAACGGUUGAUUGUCGAUUGAGCUCUUGUUGAAAAGUACUUAUAUUAACUCGGCUGCUGCAACAAAGAGGCGUAAUUUUUGUGUGCUGCAAGUAACAGAAUAGUAAUUUCCAAGUGAGGAAAACAUUGUUUGAUUGAGGAUGCAGAUCUUCGUGAAAACCCUGACCGGUAAGACCAUCACUUUGGAGGUUGAGCCUUCGGAUACCAUCGAAAAUGUUAAGGCUAAGAUCCAGGAUAAGGAAGGAAUUCCUCCAGACCAGCAGCGUUUGAUCUUCGCUGGUAAGCAGCUGGAAGAUGGCCGCACCUUGUCGGAUUAUAACAUCCAGAAGGAAUCAACUCUUCAUUUGGUUCUCCGUCUCCGUGGAGGUAUGCAGAUCUUCGUGAAGACCUUGACCGGUAAGACCAUCACUUUGGAGGUGGAGCCUUCGGACACCAUCGAAAACGUGAAGGCUAAGAUCCAGGAUAAGGAAGGAAUUCCUCCAGACCAGCAGCGUUUGAUCUUCGCUGGUAAGCAGCUGGAAGAUGGCCGCACCUUGUCGGAUUAUAACAUCCAGAAGGAGUCAACUCUUCAUUUGGUUCUCCGUCUGCGUGGAGGUAUGCAGAUCUUCGUGAAGACCCUGACCGGUAAGACCAUCACUUUGGAGGUGGAGCCCUCGGACACCAUCGAAAACGUGAAGGCUAAGAUCCAGGAUAAGGAAGGAAUUCCUCCAGAUCAGCAGCGUUUGAUCUUCGCUGGUAAGCAGCUGGAAGAUGGCCGCACCUUGUCGGAUUAUAACAUCCAGAAGGAGUCAACUCUUCAUUUGGUUCUCCGUCUCCGUGGAGGUAUGCAGAUCUUUGUGAAGACCCUGACCGGAAAGACCAUCACUUUGGAGGUGGAGCCUUCGGACACCAUCGAAAACGUGAAGGCUAAGAUCCAGGAUAAGGAAGGAAUUCCUCCAGACCAGCAGCGUUUGAUCUUCGCUGGUAAGCAGCUGGAAGAUGGCCGCACCUUGUCGGAUUAUAACAUCCAGAAGGAGUCAACUCUUCAUUUGGUUCUCCGUCUCCGUGGAGGUAUGCAGAUCUUCGUGAAGACCUUGACCGGUAAGACCAUCACUUUGGAGGUGGAGCCCUCGGACACCAUCGAAAACGUGAAGGCCAAGAUCCAGGAUAAGGAAGGAAUUCCCCCAGACCAGCAGCGUUUGAUCUUCGCUGGUAAGCAGCUGGAAGAUGGCCGCACCUUGUCGGAUUAUAACAUCCAGAAGGAAUCAACUCUUCAUUUGGUUCUCCGUCUCCGUGGAGGUAUGCAGAUCUUUGUGAAGACCCUGACCGGAAAGACCAUCACUUUGGAGGUGGAGCCUUCGGACACCAUCGAAAACGUGAAGGCUAAGAUCCAGGAUAAGGAAGGAAUUCCUCCAGACCAGCAGCGUUUGAUCUUCGCUGGUAAGCAGCUGGAAGAUGGCCGCACUUUGUCGGAUUAUAACAUCCAGAAGGAGUCAACUCUUCAUUUGGUUCUCCGUCUCCGUGGAGGUAUGCAGAUCUUCGUGAAGACCCUGACCGGUAAGACCAUCACUUUGGAGGUGGAGCCCUCGGACACCAUCGAAAACGUGAAGGCUAAGAUCCAGGAUAAGGAAGGAAUUCCUCCAGAUCAGCAGCGUUUGAUCUUCGCUGGUAAGCAGCUGGAAGAUGGCCGCACCUUGUCGGAUUAUAACAUCCAGAAGGAGUCAACUCUUCAUUUGGUUCUCCGUCUCCGUGGAGGUAUGCAGAUCUUCGUGAAGACCUUGACCGGUAAGACCAUCACUUUGGAGGUGGAGCCCUCGGACACCAUCGAAAACGUGAAGGCCAAGAUCCAGGAUAAGGAAGGAAUUCCUCCAGACCAGCAGCGUUUGAUCUUCGCUGGUAAGCAGCUGGAAGAUGGCCGCACCUUGUCGGAUUAUAACAUCCAGAAGGAGUCAACUCUUCAUUUGGUUCUCCGUCUCCGUGGAGGUAUGCAGAUCUUCGUGAAGACCCUGACCGGUAAGACCAUCACUUUGGAGGUGGAGCCCUCGGACACCAUCGAAAACGUGAAGGCUAAGAUCCAGGAUAAGGAAGGAAUUCCUCCAGACCAGCAGCGUUUGAUCUUCGCUGGUAAGCAGCUGGAAGAUGGCCGCACUUUGUCGGAUUAUAACAUCCAGAAGGAGUCAACUCUUCAUUUGGUUCUCCGUCUCCGUGGAGGUAUGCAGAUCUUCGUGAAGACCCUGACCGGUAAGACCAUCACUUUGGAGGUGGAGCCCUCGGACACCAUCGAAAACGUGAAGGCCAAGAUCCAGGAUAAGGAAGGAAUUCCUCCAGACCAGCAGCGUUUGAUCUUCGCUGGUAAGCAGCUGGAAGAUGGCCGCACCUUGUCGGAUUAUAACAUCCAGAAGGAGUCAACUCUUCAUUUGGUUCUCCGUCUCCGUGGAGGUAUGCAGAUCUUCGUGAAGACCCUGACCGGUAAGACCAUCACUUUGGAGGUGGAGCCCUCGGACACCAUCGAAAACGUGAAGGCUAAGAUCCAGGAUAAGGAAGGAAUUCCUCCAGACCAGCAGCGUUUGAUCUUCGCUGGUAAGCAGCUGGAAGAUGGCCGCACCUUGUCGGAUUAUAACAUCCAGAAGGAGUCAACUCUUCAUUUGGUUCUCCGUCUCCGUGGAGGUAUGCAGAUCUUCGUGAAGACCCUGACCGGUAAGACCAUCACUUUGGAGGUGGAGCCCUCGGACACCAUCGAAAACGUGAAGGCUAAGAUCCAGGAUAAGGAAGGAAUUCCUCCAGAUCAGCAGCGUUUGAUCUUCGCUGGUAAGCAGCUGGAAGAUGGCCGCACCUUGUCGGAUUAUAACAUCCAGAAGGAGUCAACUCUUCAUUUGGUUCUCCGUCUCCGUGGAGGUAUGCAGAUCUUCGUGAAGACCUUGACCGGUAAGACCAUCACUUUGGAGGUGGAGCCCUCGGACACCAUCGAAAACGUGAAGGCCAAGAUCCAGGAUAAGGAAGGAAUUCCUCCAGACCAGCAGCGUUUGAUCUUCGCUGGUAAGCAGCUGGAAGAUGGCCGCACCUUGUCGGAUUAUAACAUCCAGAAGGAGUCAACUCUUCAUUUGGUUCUCCGUCUCCGUGGAGGUAUGCAGAUCUUCGUGAAGACCCUGACCGGUAAGACCAUCACUUUGGAGGUGGAGCCCUCGGACACCAUCGAAAACGUGAAGGCUAAGAUCCAGGAUAAGGAAGGAAUUCCUCCAGACCAGCAGCGUUUGAUCUUCGCUGGUAAGCAGCUGGAAGAUGGCCGCACCUUGUCGGAUUAUAACAUCCAGAAGGAGUCAACUCUUCACUUGGUUCUUCGUCUUCGUGGUGGAAACUGAAUCAUAAUACCGCGUUGCAGCGAUGGCGUUCGAGCUCGAACGCAUUCGAAAAUUCAGUGGUCGAAAUGAAUAGUUCAAUUUCAAAUGCGCUAAAUUCAUCUUUGUUCAGCUUCAAAAUAACUUUUGCAAUUUUUUCGCUAUUUAGUAGUCUUUCGACGUAAAAACAUUGAAGUUUCGAAUAAAGAAAAAGUUUAAAAUGUA